AUGGUCUUCCGGCGGCUGCUGGCAGCCCUGCUACACAACCAGCAGCUGGUGGAGCGGUUGUCCGAGUCGCGGCCCAUCCGGCGGGCGGCUCAACUCACGGCCUUCGCGCUGCUGCAGCUGCAACUGCGUGGCCGCGACGCGGCCCGACAUCUGCGCGCCCUCGCGGAUCAGCCCCCGGGCUCCCUGCGUCGCCGCGCCGCCCGGUUCAAGGACACUUUCACCCAGGAACUUAACCGCGGUCUCCGGGACCGUCCAGGGCCACCACCAGGUCGGCAGAAGGGCCCGGGCGCCAACGCGUAAGCACGGACCGUACUCUCCCGGGCCGAGGUCACCUACCCUCCCUUCAGUGGUCUACACCCACCUUAGCAUUCAUCUAGCCAUCUGGGGCACCGUACGCCGCCGCUUCGAAUCCUGACACGGAUUGUCAACAAGCAGGCGCCUAAGGUCAAAGGGACAGAUGCGCGGUAGUCUUGUGACUAGGCCAGAUGUAAAAACCC